GCCCAGUCUGUGCCCAGCGCCCAUCCCGUCCGCGCGCUACACACCUCCGCGCUCAGGAAAGAGAAUGGAAAAGCAGUUGUGCCGCGCGUAUCACAGUGUUACUAAACUAAAGAGUUCUAUGAAAAUUUACCACCAGUGAAAGCACUUGAGGAGUUCUGUGAAUUGAAAUACAAAAUAAUAUGUAGCGUGUUUGUUAAUUAGUGAUCAAGGUGAGUGAGUGAUAAAGAUUAAGCCAUCCAAGAGGUGGCACGGGCAUGAAUAGCCCGUAAAGGUGAGUGCGUGGUUCCCCCUGGAUAUAUAUACUAUGUGGGUCCAGGACAGGAGGGACAGGUUUAGAGGUCCGUCCACAGCGUGCCGACCCGUCCACUCGCCACACAGGACGCAGCGCUGUCCACAGUCACCGCCAGGAUGGACGCUUGAAGAAGGGAACGUUCCGGUGGUGAUAUGAAGCUUCCCUCAGAUUGGGACGAGGAUUGAGUUACCAAUCUUGGGGAAAUAUGCAAGAAGAAGCCGACGAAUCUCCUUGAAGAUCCUUAGAGUUGUCGGCAGACAAUUCUACGUUGAUUUGAGCUAAAAAAGCAAGAGUCUGCCUUGUCAAGAACUGAUGGCUCUUAAGGCCAACUGUUAUGCCUUAAGUGCAUAUCGGAAAAUAACAUAUUUCCAGUUGCUUUUCUCCCGGAUAGAGAAAGUCUUGGGAUAGAGCGUGGAGGACCUGCCCACAUGCAGGCGUGACUGGGUGUGCCUAGACUUUGCGGUCCUAACAAAGAUGCCUCAUAGUUCCAUCUCCCGCUCCGAUAGCGGCUCCGUCUCCCGCACGGAUAGCGGCUCCGUCUCUGCCAUCAAGAACUUCAUAUUCGGAGGAGUGCUGGAAUCCUCCCGGUUCCCUUCUGAUGAAACCAACGAGGAAGGUAGGCUCGGCCUCGAACAUCAAGCCCUCAGAGGUGAGAUACUCAAGUCUCAGGUCCUCCGACCUCAAGUUCUAACGUCACACAUAAUCAAGACCAAAGUUCAGAGGUGCCCCAAGUAUAACCCAGGCACAUACGAGGAUGUCAACACUCCUGAUAACCCGAGACCUCCGAGCUCCGAGUCUGGCAGUGGCCAGUGUGUUCGGUCUUUAGUGAAGAAGCUUAACAAUCUAAGGACUUCGAAUGUUCGAACUGGAAGCACCAGCUUGGGGAGCAAGGAUAAAGGUUCACCGCAGUAUGGUUCGACCCCCAACUUGUCCUCCGAGCCCCCGCCGUCUGCCGGAGCUGGAGGAGGAGUGAUGUGGACAGGCACUUUACCUAGAAACUUCCACGCUGGGGACAAGAGACCCCCGCGUGAUGGCAGGCUGGUGGACAACACGCCCCUGCCAUUAUUGUCCUCGGGUUCCACCGUGUCCUCUCAUGCACACACCACCAACACCACGUUCGAUUCCGGCUUUUUGUCCGACUCGACAUACCCAGAAAUAGAAGGUAGAUAUCCAGCGGGAGAUAACAGCGUUGCUUCAGUACGACCAGAGGAGAGUAAAGACGGGAGGUGUUAUCCUCAACACAGGUCGUUGCUGCACCAAGAUAACCCGACGUACGGCUGCGUUAGCGAGACCGCACGACCGCGUCGCAGCAGGGAAGGCUCUCGCAAAGUCAGCAGCGUCGUUCUCAAAAUCGAAAGCGGUCUUUUUGCCACAGUGGACGAAGACGACCCCCAGCGGGAGGGUCGUGGCAGGGACCGGCGGCCCCUGGACCCUAGCUCCCCAGCCCUGCCUCCUCCUCCUCCAAGCUGUAUCAUCGUCAGUAAGCUGGUGCCGGGGGAGGAGGCUGCUGCCAGUGGCUGGAAGACUGCCACACUCACCACAGGUGGCACCUUCCUGGCUCGCUGCGUCAAGAUUGAAGACUUGAGUAGCCGCGAGAAUUGCGAGGACGGGCGUGAUGGCGGAACCGGACGCCACGUGCCGGAAAGGCGGGAAAGUGGGCGUUUUCCAUCGGCCGCGAGGCUCCUGCGUUCCCUCGCGCGCCAUCGCGACGACGACGCGAAUGGGGCGCGACCCCGGGACACGUCGGAGCCGCGACUCUCGCGCGCCAACCCCCACUACCACUCUGAGGGCAAGGGCCUCAAGAAGAAGAACAACUGGACCUCGGAGCGCGAGCUGAACAGCUCCGUGAGCCCCGUUCCUCACAAGGAGCGGAGCCACAGCUUCUGCGAGAAGACCAACAACAGCAGGCGACGCUACUCCUACCACGAUAACAAGAUGCUGAGGGAGGAGGCGCGGGCACGUCUCGACCGUCAUGACCACUCUCCCUCGCUACUAGAAUGUUCCAGUCCCGCCCCCGCCUCGCCCCACGCCCCCGCCUCGCCGCACGCCCACGACCCCGCCUCGCCCCACGCCCCCGCCUCGCCCCACGCCCCCGCCUCGCCCCACGCCCCUCCUCACUCACCCUCGCCAGAAAACACAAAUGAGAACAUCUAUGAGAACCUACCCGCUCAUUUAUCCAGCGAUGAGGGACUCAUAAAUGGCGGAGUGGGUCACGUGACCGUGGAGGGCGUGCAGACGGAGGCGCACACGCGCCCCCUGGACCGAGGGGAGCGCCGCUCCGCCAGGAAGCUGACGAAGGACUCGGGGUACGAAACGUCUCACUACAGCGAGAGCGACUACGCCAAUAUUGACCUCUACUCCGAGGGUGACGGCGAUGACGUCACCCUGGCGCCGGAGUCGGAGCUGGCGCCACCGUCGCCGCUCCUCGACACGGGCGCCGCCGCCCACGACUCCCCUUCAACCCUCCACGAUGCCACUCGUCGCCUCACGCCCAACAUGUUAAGGUAAGCACUUCCUUUCUUG